UUCCCCGCCCCGCCCCCGUGGAAACUACGGUGGCUGUGAAGGCGUCGGAGUCUAGGUGGUGGGCCUUCCAUUAGCUAGUGGAGCAGGGCUGCGAUACAGACCAUGUCUUUCAAGAGGGAGGGGAACGACUGGAGCCAGCUCAACGUGCUCAAGAAGCGGAGAGUUGGUGACUUGCUGGCCAGUUAUAUCCCAGAAGAUGAGGCACUAAUGCUUCGAGAUGGACGAUUUGCCUGUGCAGUCUGUCCCCACCGGCCUGUAUUAGACACACUGACCAUGUUGACUGCUCACCGGGCAGGGAAGAGGCACCUGGCCAGCCUGCAAGAUUUCUAUGGCAAGAAGCACCAGUGGAAAGGAGAAGAACAGAAUCCAAAACAGCAGGAAGAAUGGAGAACUGAGAAGAGGGGGGAUCAGGCUCCUCUGCUGGCUCAGACCCGUUUAAUCACCCAAAGUGCCCUGCGCAGAGCUCCAAAUUAUAACAGUUGCUGUCGACGUCAGAGGAACAGACCAGAAGCUCCUUCACCCUCAGCUCCCCACCUCCCAAACAGUCCCCGACAGACUGAGGAACCACCAGACAAGAAGGCUGGCAGAGCACUCAAGUCAGAGGGUGAUAUACAGGCCAAGAGGGAUUCAGCAGCAACCCCAACCCCUGUGCCCUUGAGUCCUGCCAGACGAAGAGCCUUGGACCAUUAUCUGACCCUGCGUAGCUCUGGUUGGAUCCAGGAUGGAACAGGUCAAUGGGUAAAGGAUAAGAAUGUGGAGUUUGAUUCUGAUGAAGAGGAGCCCCCAGAUCUCCCCUCGGAUUGCUACCCUGCCUCCUCACCCGUUUCAUUUAAAUAAAUUAGAGAAGAUCCUGGGAACCUCACUUCUUUCUUCCUUUAAGGUCUGGCUGUGUGUGCACCAGACAACUCUCUCAGGUCCUUCCCCCCUUGCAGGGUGCACAAUUCCCUAUGCCACACC